GUGCAGCGAGGUCAGAGUUGAGCCCGAGUGUUUCUCCGUUCGGUGGAGGUGAGAUUGAUCCAUGUGGAGCUGGAUCUACAGCGGGAGAAAAUUGGAUCCUGAUCUCAGUUUAAAAUCCACCUAACUAUAAACUAUAACACGCUUUAAUAACAGUCAAACCGAGAAUCAAAUCCACAGCAACAUGAAAGGUAGCCGGAUCGAGCUGGGAGACGUGACGCCUCACAACAUUAAGCAACUGAAACGGUUAAACCAGGUCAUCUUCCCAGUCAGCUACAAUGAAAAGUUCUACAAAGACGUUCUGGAGGUGGGAGAGCUCGCCAAACUGGCGUACUUCAAUGACAUAGCGGUAGGCGCAGUGUGCUGCAGAGUGGACCACUCCCAGAACCAGAAGAGGCUCUAUAUAAUGACCCUGGGCUGCCUGGCACCAUACCGCCGACUAGGAAUCGGAACAAAGACGCUGAACCAUGUUUUAAACAUCUGUGAGAAAGAUGGCACCUUUGACAACAUCUAUCUGCAUGUUCAGAUAAGUAAUGAAUCAGCAAUCGACUUUUACCGGAAGUUUGGAUUUGAGAUCAUAGAAACGAAAAAGAACUACUACAAGAGAAUAGAGCCAGCGGACGCACAUGUUCUGCAGAAGAACCUGCAGAGCCCCUCUCCCGGCUGUGACGUGCACAAAACAAAUUAAAACAAACACUCCUGCACUUGCCCAGCGCCAAAACUUUAACAGACGCCCAAUGCAAGAAUCCAAAUGUUGAUGACACAUUUACCACUUUAUUCAAGGGACAUUUAAAUUUACUAUAAAAAAAAAAAAAAAAAUUAAAAUCCUUGCAUUUCUUAAUGUUGCAGUUUUUUUUUUUUUUUUUUUUUUUAAUGUGUCAUUAGUUUAAAAACAAACGAACAAAAAAAGUUUCAAAAUCCAAAAGUGCACCAGAACAAGGAAAGUGUUUGUCUUGGUUAAGAAGAAGGAAAAAAAAAGCUACCAAAUAACCUUUGAAGGAAUGAGGGUUUGAAAUGCCUAGUUAUUUUUGGUUUAAUAAUUAUUUGUUAACAAACCUAGGCAGUGAUACUGUUUUCAGAACUGUUCUCAAAAACGCCAGAUUGGUUAAAGUGAUUUAAAGUUUUCCACUCCCCUUAAUCUGAUUUUAAAAUACGUUUGGUUUCUUUUUUUUUUUUUUUUUU